CAGUGGGACCCGCUUGGCUGCAAGGAGACUGAACAUGGGCGCCUAUGCAGGCACCCACAUAUGUGUGGCAGUCCCGCCGCCGCCGGAUCCGACCGCAGGGCCUGAUGACAGGACAGCAGGAUUUCAAUGAGAACACAUACAUUUCAAUGUAUGUGUUCACACAGUUCCAUCGAAAUCCUGUGCUUCACUGGCCGGAUCCUGUUCUUUGGCAUCCCGCAGAACAGGAUCCGUGUGCACACAAAUCCCCCCUCUCACCCAAGUGGAUCCCGUUCAGCGAACCCGCUUGGCCAUUGUGUGUGGCCCCAGCCUUACAGCAUCACUCACAGAAAGGCUGCUCAGAGACAUGCAGCACCUCACUGCCUCACUGACAGCAGCACCUCACUGCUUCACUGUCAGCAGCGCAUCCAUGCCUCACUGACAACAGCACAUCCCCGCCUCACUGACAGUAGCACAUCCCCACCUCACUGACAGCAGCGCAUCCCCGCCUCACUGACACUGCACAUCCCUCCCUCACUGUCAGCAGCACAUCCCAGCUUCGCUGACAGCAGCACAUCCCCGCCUCACUGUCAGCAGCACAUGACCGCCUCACUGACAGCAGCACAGGAACAGCAAUAGCCGGGGAGUUGGUUCAGGUGAAUGCAGCUUCUCCUCCCCCCUCCAGCCUCAGGGAGAAAGCCACCAGGAACUCUGCCAGUACUAGGCACUGAGAUUUAGGUCUCUCCCCGCAGCUCAUGGAUUACCGGUCACGUUUGGGAUAUCAGUGAGGAAAAAAAGCAUCUUUCUUUGUGCUCCCCUCUUUAUUGCGGAGAUCAAGCAUUGGAGAGUGUUGGUGGAAAUCGGCCAGGAGCGGACCCCCUCACCGCCGCCACUGCUGCCCACGGACCCGGCGCAGCAGCCCACCUCCGCCGCUGCCCGCACACCGCCAGAGAAGCCAGCCCCGCGGCCCCAGCGUACUGGAGUGUGUCUGAGACUACAACGCCGGAUGUAUUGACCACUUCGCACCAGGACUGGAGAGGAGUCUGAUUGGAAAUAUGGUGCCUUACUCCCACCAGACCCUGCUCAUCUUCCCGGCACUGGUCCUCUUCUCUUCCUUCAUGAUGACCGAAGCAGACAGUGAGCCGAUCUUUAUCCGGAAGCCAGAUGACCAAAUUGGAAUAUCAGGUGGCGUGGCCUCCUUCGUGUGCCAGGCCACGGGAGACCCUAAGCCACGAAUCACCUGGAUGAAGAAAGGGAAGAAAGUCAGCUCCCAGCGUUUUGAGGUCAUAGAGUUUGAUGACGGAUCAGGCUCUGUCCUUCGAAUACAGCCUCUCCGCGUUCAUAGGGACGAAGCGAUAUAUGAGUGUACAGCAACUAACAGCGUGGGCGAGAUCAACAGCAACGCCAAGCUCACCGUACUGGAAGAAGAGCAGCUGCCCCAUGGAUUCCCUAUUAUAGACAUGGCUCCCCAGCUCAAGGUGGUGGAAAAGACUCGAACAGCCACCAUGCUCUGUGCGGCUAGCGGGAACCCAGACCCGGAAAUAUCCUGGUACAAGGAUUUCCUCCCCGUGGACACAGCUACUAGUAAUGGGAGGAUUAAGCAGCUCCGCUCAGGUGGUACACCAAUCAGAGGAGCUCUGCAGAUAGAGAACAGUGAGGAGUCCGAUCAGGGGAAGUACGAAUGUGUCGCCACCAACAGCGCUGGAACGCGCUACUCCGCUCCCGCUAACCUCUACGUGCGUGUUCGGCGUGUGGCACCUCGGUUCUCCAUCCCUCCUAGUAACCAUGAAGUGAUGCCAGGGGGCAGUGUAAACCUAACUUGUGUAGCAGUUGGCGCCCCCAUGCCUUAUGUAAAGUGGAUGGCUGGCCUAGAGGAGCUUACCAAAGAAGAUGAGAUGCCCGUCGGCCGCAAUGUUCUAGAACUCACCAAUAUCCGUGAAUCUGCCAAUUACACCUGCGUUGCCAUCUCGUCUCUUGGCAUGAUUGAGGCUGUUGGCCAGAUUACUGUGAAAGCUUUGCCAAAGCCACCAGUAGCUGUCACUGUAACAGAGACAACAGCCACCAGCGUCACCUUGACUUGGGAUUCUGGGAACCCUGAGCCACUUUCUUUUUAUGUGAUACAGUAUAAGCCAAAGGCAUUUGAAGGGUUAUUCCAGGAGGUCGAUGGCGUGGCUACAACUCGCUACAGCAUUGGGGGGCUCAGCCCUUACUCAGAGUAUGAGUUCCGCAUCAUUGCAGUUAACAACAUUGGCCGAGGACCUCCAAGUGAAGUGGUAGAAGCUCAAACAGGAGAACAGGCUCCCUCGGGUCCUCCUUUGAGAGUCCAGGCCCGAAUGCUUAGUUCCAGUACUAUGAUAGUUCAGUGGGAUCCGCCAGAAGAAGCCAAUGGACAAAUUAGAGGGUUCCGGAUAUAUUACACUUCAGACCAACAUUUGCCCUUUAACAUGUGGCAAAAGCACAAUGUAGCAGAUGGUUUCUUGACAACUAUUGCAGGACUUACCACUGGGAUCACGUACAGCAUCCGUGUGCUGGCUUUCACCUCUGUGGGGGAUGGUCCACCUUCAGAUAUGGUCCAAGUGAAGACCCAGCAGGGAGUUCCAGCACAGCCGAUUAAUUUCCAGGCAGAAGCCGAAUCGGAUACACGUAUAAUGCUCACCUGGCGCUACUCACCCCAAGAUCGCAUCACCUCAUACGAGCUUCUGUACUGGGAAGGCCAGGAUGGGUCACAACAAAAGGUGACUUUUGCUCCAUCAUCAUCUUACGCAGUUGAGGGACUGAAGCCCGACACCCUGUACAGUUUCCAGCUGGCGGCUUGGUCUUCAAUGGGGCUUGGCGUUUACACGCCUGCAAUCCAGGCCAGGACGGCACAGUCCACACCAUCUGCCCCGCCACAGGAUGUGGAGUCUACCAGUCUUAGCUCCACCGCCAUCCGGGUAAGUUGGGUGGCUCCGCCGGUCUCCAGCCGCAAUGGGGCCCUGACCCGCUAUUCUCUGGCCUAUCAAGCCGUGGCUGGGGAGGACACAUCCCGGCAUGUUGUGGACAGUAUCCCACCAGACUUAUCCAGUUGGGAGAUCAAGGAUCUGGAGAAGUGGACAGAGUACAGAGUAUGGGUGCGAGCCCAUACAGACGUAGGGGCCGGGCCUGAGAGCUCCCCCGUCAUUGUGCGGACAGAUGAGGAUGUGCCCAGUGCACCACCUAGGAAGGUGGAGGUGGACUCUGUGAACUCCACAUCUGUGCGUGUGACCUGGAAGUCGCCUCUUCCCACCAAGCAGAACGGCCAGAUACGGGGUUACCAGGUGACUUACGUACGCUUGGAAGGUGGAGAACCUCGGGGAAACCCCAUCAUUAAGGAUGUCAUGCUGGCUGAAGCUCAGUGGAGACCUGAGGAGUCCGCAGAUUACGAAUCGGUGAUAACUGGGCUCGCUCCAGAGACCACCUAUUCCAUCACAGUGGCUGCUUACACCACGAAAGGAGAUGGUGCGCGGAGUAAACCCAAAAUUGUGACCACUACAGGAGCUUUGCUUGGGAAGCCCAGUAUGGUGAUUGACACAACAUCUCAGAACACGGCUCUCAUUCAGUGGCACCCGCCCAGAGAAAUAGUGGGAGAGCUGCUUGGAUACCGCCUGCAGUAUAAACGCGUGGACGAGGAGAGGUUCAUCACUAUGGACUUUGGCAAGAACCAGUAUCACUACACAGUGACCAAACUGCACAAGGGGGCCACCUACGUCAUCAAACUGUGCGCCAAGAACCGGGCCGGCUUCGGGGAGGAAAUCGAGAAGGAGAUCUCUACACCGGAGGACGUGCCCAGCGGGUUCCCACAAAACCUGCAGGUGGUCGGACUCACCACAUCCACUACAGAAGUGUCCUGGGAUCCACCCGUGCUGGCGGAACGCAAUGGGGACAUCACCAACUACACCGUGGUGUAUCGGGACAUCAACAGUCCACAGGAGCUCACAAACAUCACCCGUGACACUCGCAUUACACUGGUCAACCUCAAGCCAGACACUACUUAUGAUAUUAAGGUCAGGGCAAGAACUGGGAAGGGAGCCGGACCUCUGAGCCCCAGCAUACAGUCACGCACCAUGCCUGUGGAUCAAGUGUUUGCUAAGAACUUCAGAGUGAACGCUGUGAUGAAAACAUCGGUCUUGCUGAGUUGGGAAGUUCCGGACUCAUACAAGCCUGCCGUGCCUUUUAAGAUUCUUUACAACAACCUGAACGUGGAGGUGGACGGUCAUUCCAUGCGCAAGCUGAUCAACAACCUCCAGCCAGACACAGACUAUUCUUUUGUGCUUAUGAACCGGGGAAGCAGUGCUGGGGGGCUGCAGCACCGAGUGUCCAUCCGUACAGCACCCGAUGUCCUGCAAAGCAAGCCUUCCUCUGCCAGCAAGUAUAUGGAGGAGGGUAGAUUUACUCUGCACUUGCCGAGGGUACAGACCACGGCCCCUGUGAGGUGGUAUUACAUUGUGGUUCUUCCACUGGACAGUUCAAGCAGCGGCCUGAGUGCUCGGUGGCAGAGCCCAGAGGAGAUGGAGCUGGAACAGAUCCUAGAAGCCAUUAAUCAGGGGUCCCGUCGGCAAAGAAGACAAGCAAGCAGGAGCAAGCCAUACAUCGCAGCCCGGUUGAACACUCUCCCAGAAUCCUUUACUCUAGGCGACAAUAAGGAUUAUAAUGGUUUCCUGAACAAGCCGCUGAAUGCAGAAUUGAGCUAUACCUGCUUUGUGCUGGCGGCUCUAGAAGACGGUGACACGAAGAAGUACGCUGCUAGCCCAUAUUCCGAUGACAUUGUGGUGGAGGUGUCCUCAUCAAGGCAGCAGGAAGAACCAGAGAUGUUAUGGGUGAUGGGACCUGUCCUGGCUGUAAUCCUCAUCAUUAUCAUCGUAAUUGCUAUCCUUCUAUUCAAAAGGAAAAGGACAAACUCCCCCUCUAGUAAAGAAGACCAGGCACCAGGAGUCAAGGAGUCUCUUCUGGCUCAUUCCUCUGACCCAGUGGAGUUGAGGCGGCUUAACUACCAGACUCCAGGUUCCAGUGUCCCCAGUUACCAGAAUAUCUCAAGUAUGAGGGACCAUCCCCCCAUUCCGAUUUCCGACCUCAUGGACAACAUUGACCGCCUGAAGGCCAACGACGGGCUCAAGUUCUCCCAGGAAUAUGAGUCCAUUGACCCCGGUCAGCAGUUCACAUGGGAGAAUUCAAACCUGGAAGUGAAUAAACCAAAGAACCGUUAUGCAAAUGUUAUUGCAUAUGACCAUUCCCGCGUCAUACUGACAACUGUGGACGGUAUCCCUGGCAGCGACUACAUCAAUGCUAAUUACAUUGACGGGUACAGGAAACAGAACGCUUACAUUGCCACGCAAGGGCCGCUGCCCGAAACCCUCAGCGACUUUUGGCGCAUGGUGUGGGAGCAGAGGACGACCACCAUUGUUAUGAUGACCCGUCUGGAAGAGAAAUCCAGGGUGAAGUGUGACCAGUACUGGCCGGGCCGCGGCGCCGAGACGUACGGAAUGAUUCAAGUCACCCUACUAGACACAGUGGAACUGGCCACGUACACAGUGAGGACAUUCGCCCUCUAUAAGAAUGGAUCCAGUGAAAAACGAGAGAUCCGACAGUUCCAGUUUAUGGCAUGGCCGGACCAUGGCGUUCCAGAGUACCCCACGCCUAUCCUGGCCUUCCUGCGCAGGGUGAAGGCCUGUAACCCCUCCGACGCGGGUCCUAUGGUUGUACACUGCAGUGCUGGUGUGGGCCGGACGGGAUGCUUUAUAGUGAUCGACGCCAUGCUGGAGAGAAUAAAGCUGGAGAAAACGGUGGAUAUCUACGGUCAUGUGACCUGCAUGCGCUCCCAGCGGAAUUACAUGGUGCAGACAGAGGACCAGUACAUUUUCAUCCAUGAGGCAUUGCUAGAAGCGGUGCUGUGUGGUAACACAGAGGUGCCAGCCCGCAGCCUGUUUGCACAUAUCCAGAAACUGUCUCAGGUCCCUCCAGGAGAGAGUGUCACCUCCAUGGAGCUAGAGUUCAAGCUUUUGGCCAACUCUAAAGCUCACACCUCACGAUUCAUCAGUGCCAACCUACCAUGCAACAAGUUCAAGAACCGGCUGGUAAACAUAAUGCCGUAUGAACUGAGCCGCGUGUGUCUUCAGCCAAUCCGUGGUGUUGAGGGGUCAGACUACAUCAACGCAAGCUUUAUCGAUGGCUACAGGCAGCAGAAAGGGUACAUUGCCACUCAGGGACCCCUGGCAGAGACCACUGAAGAUUUCUGGCGCAUGUUGUGGGAACAUAAUUCUACCAUUGUGGUGAUGCUGACGAAGCUGCGAGAGAUGGGCCGGGAGAAAUGCCACCAGUACUGGCCAGCGGAACGCUCUGCGCGGUACCAAUACUUUGUGGUGGACCCCAUGGCCGAGUAUAACAUGCCUCAGUACAUCCUGCGAGAGUUCAAAGUGACAGAUGCACGGGACGGACAGUCUCGGACAAUCAGACAGUUCCAAUUCACGGAUUGGCCUGAGCAAGGAGUGCCAAAAACAGGAGAGGGCUUCAUCGAUUUCAUCGGGCAGGUGCACAAAACCAAGGAACAGUUCGGGCAGGAUGGACCUAUAACCGUUCACUGCAGUGCUGGCGUAGGGCGCACUGGAGUCUUCAUCACACUCAGUAUCGUGCUGGAGCGCAUGAGGUAUGAGGGAGUGGUGGACAUGUUCCAGACAGUGAAGACGCUGAGGACACAGCGACCAGCCAUGGUACAGACAGAGGACCAGUAUCAGCUGUGCUACAGGGCUGCACUGGAGUAUCUAGGCAGCUUUGACCACUAUGCAACAUAACUACCGCUUAACCUACUGGCCGAGCUGGGAGCGAAGCGUCCGGGGAAUAUGGCAUCAGACAUGACAACCUGUGCCAAGCCAAUAUCCUUCAGGCGCUAUUCCCACCUCAUCACGAUAAAGCUUUGCAAGACUUGCUUGGGAUUUCAGCACAAUUCAUUCCUUGUUCACUUCCAUUCAGGUCUUGCUUUUCUGGCCCUUAUCUAUGGCACACAGGAAAGAAACAUGAAAAUUCCUACCUUUUUGUUUUUUUGUUUUUGUUUUCUAUUGUUUUUAAUCACUUUUGUAGAGUUCUUUUAUUUUUUUAAGUCUGCCCGUUCCUCAUGGGGGAGCCAUUUUCAGUUUCUCUUUAUUUUGUAUUCUUUUAAAUAAUCAAGUGGAAAAGUAAAAUAUUCGCAAUCGUGAAAUGAUGAUUCCCACUGCAAGGACCUUUUGUGUUGUGUUGCCGGGCUCUCCACGAGGGCCGUUCCUGGAUGUCUGGGAUGAGUCCGGUAUCACACAGAGAAGCCAACGGCACAAGGAUACUCCAGGGAAUGCUGGGAUUGUCCCAAAUGAAGAAACCACUUUAUGAGGACUGGUCCGAGGACCUUUGUACUUGAUGUAUCUUUCAUCUCAUCGGAAGCGUUAUCCCGCUGGAGCCAAUGGAAUUUUGGUGUAAUUAUCACUGACUUUAGCACAAGAGUUGGACAAAGAGGGACCAAGAUAAAGCAACAUUGCCCACUUUAUAUUUUUUACGUUAUAUACUCUUUCAUUAUUUUUUUUUUUUUUUAGUUCUUUCUUUUGCAACCCAAUUCUAUCUGGCGCCACUCGCCUGGUGCGAGAGACACACACACAAGGUUAGGGAAUAAGGGGCGCCGAGGGAACAAGAGAAGUAUAUAUUUGCUCAGAGUUAUAGGAUGAAGAAUUGAAGGAUAUAUUUUUUAUUUUAUUUUAUUUUUCUCCAAGUUAUAUUAGUUUAGGGGGGAAUCUCAGAGUGAUUAAGGUGCCACAUAAUUCCUUCUGUCUAGAAAGUAACAUUGGUUAUAAUGUGCGGCUUAUCGGACUUGUUACUAAACCUGGCAGGAAAGAAGUGUACUUAUUAAUGGUACUCUGUAUUAAUACAGCUUGCUGAUGCCACUGAGGACAGCUGUCCUAGUCUAUGGGUACUGAUCUAAGAAAUAAAGGUGGUGGACAACUAUUGAAAUUGUAUUACACUAUGUAUUCACUUGGAACCAAUAUGAACGUUGGCUCUCUAAUGUUGGAUAAGGAAAUCAUUUUUACCUUGUGUAUACAUUAGUGCUGUUAGGACUUUGCUCCGUUGUAUACAGUAUGUUUUCUAUUUGUUAAUAAAAAUGAGAAAAAAAACUAUAUUAAAAAAAAAAAAACCAUACAAGCUCAAAGUCUACUAAUACAGCAUCUUUGCCGGAAAAAAAAAAAAUCUCGAUGUUAAUAAAUUUGAAUAAUCAGGUUUCAUAAAA